AUGACCCUUUUUCGAGACGGACCCGGCAGGGGUCAGGUGCUCCGACGAUUUGUCUUCUUGUUUUUGCGAAGAAACCGACGAAAAUAUCCAGUGGAUGGAUAUUUAUCUUGUCUCUUGGAUGUUUGGCGUCACUGGGUCAAAACACUGGGUUGGGCUUUUAUCACAUUGAAAAAAGUUUCCUAAAAACUGAGCAGGCUUUCUGAUUUAUAGGAAUCUUUCCUUAUUUUUUCUAAACAAAGCCUGGAAACGUGAAUAUUGCAGGAUUUCCAAUGGCGAGCCGGAUGGGGAGUGCUCAAAGCGAACAUUAUGUUCGUUUACAAUAAAAUGGAAGAGGAAACCGCCGGCCUGCCUUUUCUGGUGCUCAUAAUCGAGGAUUGCUUCAUCGAGCUGUGCGACGAGAACAAAAUCGGCAAAGAUUUCACUUUCGAGAUCAAAUUCAAGUCGUCAGUUUAUUUUAAUCAAAAGAGACUUCAUCAAAGCAAAAAUGCAAAAAAUUUUCGAUUUCAGAACUGGUAGAAGCUUCAUUUUCGGCGCGGAAAACUUCAAAUCGCUCGGUCGCUGGGUCUCGCUGCUCACGAUUUCGCCAAUCGACUACAUUCAGCUGUCGAAGCAGAGUUUUCACGAACAAAUCGAACAAACUCACAAAAAAGCGCUUCAUUAAUCGAUUUAUUGGAAUUUUCAUUGUUCUCCCUGUAAAAUAGGUCCUGUGCUAUGAUUUGUUUGUAAUUUUGACGGGUUUUAACGAUAACAUGUAAAAAAACACUUUUCUUCAAAUUGUUUUCCUUUUUUCUAAAUUACGGGUUAGACAACCCGAGCUUACCUGUUCUCCUCCCAUUCUUUGUGUUCAAGUUGAACAAUCCUCAAGUUUCAGGCAGGCUUGUAGACUAGAAAACUGUUAGCUUUGUCAGAGUCUUCUGAAACAUCGUGCCACUUACCUGCGAGACCCUUUCACUAUUUUGACCUACCUUCUCGCGAAACUCGGAACAUACGAUUUCCGGGCGGUUUUCCUCAUUGUUUUUCGCUCUUUUUCGUUUCGAUGCGAGCGGAAAACACAGAGAAAAGCUAAAUUUUGUACACAAAAAGCCAUCGAGGUUUUCUAAGGCGAGAACACGCGAAUUGACCCAUUUUCCGGUCAGAGAUUCGUCAAAUAGUGAGUAUUUGAGGAAUCCCAGGCUAUUUUUACUUUGUCAAUUUUUUUUUCGAAUUCUAGCUCUGAUAGUCGGUAGCCUUACUAACAAUAAUACUGCCUGAUCUUCGUCCUCGUUUAUAGUUCUAUUUUCCAGCCGACAGCGUAAAAUGCCCGCCUACCACUCGAAAUUCGACACGGAAAUCAAAGUGUUGCCGUUGGGGAACACGAACAUGGGCAAGUUGCCGCUUCGCACCAACUUCAAGGGGCCCGCGCCGCGUAAGCCCAAUUUUUAGACCGGAAUUUGCAUUUUUCCCAUUUCAGAUACCAGCCAGGACGAUAUUAUCGACGAGGCGCUGGCCUACUUCAAACCCAACAUUUUCUUCCGCGAAUUUGAGGUAAAUUCAAGUUUUUCUGUUUUAUUUCGCUUGAAAAUUGAUUUAAAAAACGCGAUUACGAGCAUUUUGAGAGUUCAUGAAAAUAGCUUCAAUUUUCAAAUGUUUGCAGAUAAAAGGCGCGGCGGACCGUACAAUGAUGUAUCUCAUCUUCUACAUCACCGAAUGCCUCCGGAAGCUUCAGAAGAGCCCGAACAAGAUUGCCGGCCAGAAGGACCUGGCGGCGCUGGCACUCAGUCACCUGCUGCCGAUCCCCGGAGAGAAUGGCUUCCCGCUGAACAGCAUGUUCAAGGCGCCGCAGUCGAAGGCCGACGAGGACGAGCUGCGGGCGUACUUGCAGCAGGCGCGGCAGGAGCUCGGAGCCCGUUUGUGCGAGGUCGCAUUCCCGGAGCCGCAGGAGAGGCCAUCCAAGUGGUGGCUGUGCUUCGCGCGAAGACGCUUCAUGGACAAGGGACUCGUCGGACAGGGCGUCGUUCUGUGA